AUGUAUAUUUCAAUUCGGUUGUUUGGUGUGGAACUACGGACCAUGGAUCUUAUAGGACCACGAUUGUGUUUUUCAUAUUGUAGAAGGAUUUUUUACUUGUGUCUUACAAUUUUCAUCGCACUCGUAACAGGCUACGACAGGGUAGCAAAGAUUCCCCGCUUUAAGUUUGUGGAAACAAAUUUGACCUACGUCCAGGGAGAAAUGGCAAUAUUGAAGUGUGCAGUGGAAAAUUUAGGAACAAAAUCGGUUACGUGGCGAAAACUUCCAUAUAUCACGCCAAUUUUGGCCGGAGAAAGACGAUUUGCUGCAGAUCCUCGGUAUGACGCCAAUCAUGUACCGUACAGAGAUGAAUGGAAUUUGUUGAUACGAAAUGCUCAAACGUCAGACUCUGGCAUAUACGAAUGCCAAGUCAGUUCAAAACACAGAACAUUACGACAAAACAUUUCAUUAUUAAUAAUAGAAAGAAGAUUUAAGAAAGCAAUUAAUAUAACGGGAGCUCGAUAUAUCGAGCGAGGGAUGCCGCUACUCUUAGUUUGUAACGCUACAGGAGAGGACUUCCCACCGGAUGCAAUACAGUGGUUUUUUAAUGGUGACAAAAUACAAAGUGAUUCAAGAAAACGUUUACAAAUAAGAGACGAACUUAAUUUGAUUACAAAUACUUUAAUAAGUACUCUCGAAAUAAAGUACGCUUCAAUGAGUGAUACCGGAAAUUACGUGUGUCGAUCUUCAGUGAGGCUCACGACAGGGGUCCGAGUGGAAGUGUUAAAUGGUACGCCUUCAAUGCAUGGCUCGCGAGGAGGAGCUGGUACUAUUCCUAAAAAGAGAGGUACAUUCAAUCAGACAGUUCGAGUGGAAAACACGGUUCAUCAAGGAAUGCGUGACAUAGCAGCAGCCCUAGGAUCAACUUCCGGAACAAUACUCUGUCUUGUAGUGUUACAGUACGUCAUCACGGGUUGGCAGCUCCUCUUAUGA